AUGUCCACCUCGAGUAAUCCAGUGCCUCGGCUUCUCAGUGCCUCAACUAAGCAUUAUGGAAGAUACGGCGACUUCAGUGACUUUGCGACCCAGUCGUCGGGCCAUGCCAGCGUGGGAUCCAAGAACCUUGGGAAAAUAACCAUCGACUGCGAGUUUCUCUUUGAAAAGUCACGGUGGGGUGUUCUGGGAAACAAGCAGUUUCCCGCCGGUAUCAUCUACUUGAAUUUAAACUUUGGGCCUCCCCAGGGGUGCCGAGUGAAAAGCGCCACGAUAAGCAUUACCUUGGAUGAGAACGACCCUGCGUUGGAGAGGCACAAGACGACUAGGAAAUUGCAUCCUUCUGGAUGUCCUGUGCAAGUCACGGCUUGGUAUGGCCCAAAGGAGCUGAAAGGUCAGAUCAAGACAGCCCAUGUGGAGGCCACCAAGAAGUUCGUACCAGAAGUGAACGCACUUGGAAACAGCGCUGGCGGACUCGGCUAUGAGUCCAAAAAGCUGUCCAAGCGCGAAGCCUGCUGGUCGUUCAACAGCCAGAUCCUCCCUGGCAAGGACACCUGGGCCUACAAAACGCUACGGUGGGAUUUGAACGAGAACAAACUUGAGCGGCAGGCCUUCCAUAGUAGCACAUUCCGAACCGCAUUCGCCUUCGAACAUUCCGGACAGCCUUUCCUGAUGAGGGUCCAGAUAGAUGGGAAGUUGGAAAGUUGGAACGACCGCGUAAAGUCCAAGUUAAAAUUCGGCAGCAGCAGGGACAGAGAGCACAGCGUUGUAACACUCCUUGAUUUCAAAGACUACAAACUCUACACCAAGAACCUCUACAAGGCAGCAACGGUGGACCAGAUUCUACCCAGCGCCAACAUCUGA